AUGUCGAUUCAAUUUGAUUCUGUAAAUAAGUUUUUUCUGGACAGACAUAUUAAUUUGAAACCGGAAUGGCUUCAUUCCUGUUUGAAGUUUCUUCAAAAGCAUAAUGUAAGUUGCUUUUACUUAUAUCUUUGUCAAUUUUAGUUCAAUCCUUAUCGAAUUGCUUUUAGAAGAAGGUUGAACAUUUAAAUAACUAUGCAUAUGAUCAAUGGCUACACACGGACAUAAAGGAAUCUACAAAACCGUCGUUUCAACCGCCAGUUGGGAGAUUAUUUUCAAGUUAUGCUGUUCUUCAGGUACAUUUUUAGUUUUUUUGUUGGUUUUUAGGUACUUUUGAUCAAUCAACGGCUUUUAUUAGUGAUAUCAAAGUCUUGCGCAUUUUUUAUGCUAUAAAUCGAUGUUUUAUAGGUUGAAGCCGUUCUAAACAUAAGCAAAUCAUAUUACACACAGAUGCGUGAGAUCGAACACAACGAAAAUCACGAUUUGGACGUGGGAGCUGAACCGGAUGAUAAAAAUAACAGUGCUUAUUGGGAACAGAAGGUAAUUUCUUUAAUUUAAGUUAUUUUUGGAUCAUUUGUUUGUUUUUAUUUAAAAAAGUUAAAGUUAACAUAAAUUACGUUUAGCAACAACGUCGAAUGCUCAAAUUUGUGUUUUCUGAUGGUGUGAAAACAGUGAAGGCGAUUGAACACCUUUCAAACCCAUUGAUAUCUUCUAGUUUACAGCCUGGAGCAAAGGUAUUUGUUCUGAAAGGUUUUACGAAGUUUUUUUCUUGGUUUAGGUAGAUAGGUGUUACGGAUAAUAUAAAUUGAAAAAAUAGGUGUUAUCUCAAAUAAAUGGGUAUUGGAUAGCUAUAUUAUUGUUUUGCAAUAUUUUCUUUAUCAAUUAAGACCAAAAAGAGGUGUUUUAAGUUGUUUACUAGCUUGAAUAUUGAGUUAGAAGUUAGUGGACAUUAAGUUUUUCUUGUUUUCAAGGCUUAUUCAUGAACUUUUAGGGAUUUUAAGCAAAAAUAAAUUAUUUUUUCUAGUUUCGUAGAGAAAAAAGUUUUUAUUUUAGGUGAUAGUAACGAGAUGUCAAUACCGAGACCCGAUUAUGUUGUUAACGCCCAGAAACUGUCAGUUUCUUGGUGGAUAUGUGCCGAAAUUGGUGGAGAAGAACUGUGCAAAGGCUUUGAUUAAUCAAAUGCCAUUCAUGCAGAAUCGUAGUACUAAUAUUACAGUGCCACAGACUAAGCCUUUACCUCUCACGGCGUUGGAUCGGAAACGGAAGUUGGAUAGUGGUACUAAUGGGACUACUACGUAUAAUGGUACCAAUAAUGUAAAUGGUACUACUAUUGGUAUUAAUCAUCUAAACAACGCUCCAAGUACGAGUGGAUUGGGAAAUAGGCCGGCUUUUGGUGCUAAUGGUACUAGUACUACUACGAAUGGUACUACAAAUUCGAUGAGUACUAGAAGUAAUACUAGUACGAUGAAUAAUAGUACUAAUGUGGCUGUAAAUAGACCUACAACAAGGCCAGGACCUGUGGUUACUAUCAACAAGCCAAGUACAAGUAGUACGGUUAAUAAUCUGAAUGCUACAAAUGGUCCAGUUUGCUUGUCAGCUCAAUUAAAUGCCAAAAAUAAUGCGAAUCAGCCCAGUACUAGUGGUUUCAAGCCACCGGAGACGCAGGUAAGAUAGUCUUGUCAGGUUUUAAACUGUAAAGAAAGUUUUUGCUAUUUUGAGUUUUGGAAAGAAAGUUCUUGCCAUUUUUUGUUCUGUAAAGAAAGUUCUUCGUAUUUUAUGUUUUGUAAAGAAAGUUUUUGCUACAAUUUCGUAAAUAUAUUGUUUUAGAAGCGGCCACAAAUCUCAGUUACAAUUAAUCGACGUCCUUCGUCUGUAAAUCGACCAACAACGUCUACUGCGCCGGCUCCGCAGGCUGCGGCCGAACCAGUGUGCAUUUCAAUGCAAUUAAAUAAUAAAACAAGGAAAUGUGCUACGACAGUACCACCAGCGAUUACUGUAAGAUUUUCGUUUUUUUGGACCUGGAAAGAAAGUUUUUGCUGUUUUAAUUUUUGUUUGACUUUGGAAAGAAAGUUUUUGCAUGUUUAAAAAAAUGGCAUUUUAUAAAGGCAUGUGAGACAAAAAACGGCAUUUUCAGUAUCUGGAAAGAAAGUUUUGCAGUUUUUUACUUUGGAAAGAAAGUUUUUGCAUAUUUUAAAAAAUGCCAUUUUAAAGGCAUGUAAGACUAAAAAUGGCAUUUUUAUUAUCCGUAAAGAAAGCUUUUGCAAUAUAAAUUAUGUAACUGCUUGGAAAGAAAGUUCUUGCAUAAAAAAUGAAAUUUCAGCCAAAUCCCCCAUCUACAACAAUAUCCGUGCCCUUGAACAAUACGAGACGAAUAAAUGCCCUGAAUCGACAGUCAGAUGUCCGGCCAGAUCCAAAAGACAUGCUAAAGACUCCACAUGGUACCAACUUGAGCAUGGACAACUUUGCCGUACCGAAAAGUGAGGUUAAGAAGCCUGCCAUUACUAUCACACCGCAAAAGCCAUAUGAGCCUAAAGGCAUUUUGAAGGUAAUUUUAGGCUUAUAUGUUGCCCUACGUACUUCUACUUGUGUCUCUACCCUUACCACUACCUUUAUCCACUUAAUUUUAACUUUUUUCAAAUUUUAGACCACCCCUUUAUCGAUAAAUUCCAAAGCCAACACCCCAACCUCAGCCAACUCCACCAGAAGCUCAUUAAUGGCCGACAGCAAGGAAUUUGCCUAUUCGUGUGAACACUGUAACAUCAGCUUCAAGGAUCGUGUACUGUAUCAAAUGCACUCGGGUUACCACGGCUUUAAAGAACCAUUAACGUGCAAUCGAUGCGGCUUCGAAGCCGCCACUUCGGUCGACUUCUACUCACAUUUGUACGGACAUUGA